AGAUACGUCUAAUUACCCAUGAGCCUCUUGUGUUCGGUUGAGCAGCUGAGCAGCUACAAGAGAAUUACGUUGGUCGUACGAUCAUUACUAGUGUGGAGAUCCAGUCGUCAGUAUGGGUGAAAGAAAAGGAACGAACAAAUACUACCCUCCAGAUUUUGAUCCUGCUAAGCAUGGAUCCCUCAAUGGCUACCACAAGACCCAUGCUCUGCGUGAGAGGGCCAGGAAACUGUCCCAGGGCAUCCUCAUCAUCAGGUUUGAGAUGCCCUACAACAUCUGGUGUGAUGGCUGCAAAAAUCACAUUGGCAUGGGGGUCCGUUACAACGCUGAGAAGAAGAAAGUGGGGACCUACUACACCACGCCAAUCUACAGGUUUAAGAUGAAGUGUCACCUGUGUGUCAACUACAUUGAGAUGCAGACGGACCCGGCGACUUGCGACUACUUAAUAGUCAGCGGCGCAAGCAGGAAGGAGGAACGCUGGGACAUGGAGGAAAAUGAGCAGAUCCUCACCACAGAGCGGAUGGAAAAAGAGAAACUGGAGACGGAUGCCAUGUUCAAACUUGACCACGGUGGGAAAGACAAGGAGAAGCUCAAAAAGGCUUUGCCUUCUCUGUCCGAGAUUCAAGACUACCAGGCCGGCUGGAAGAAUGACUUCCAGCUCAACAGUACCCUCCGCAGGAAGUUCAGGACACAGAAGAAGGUUCUGGCUGAGCAGGAGGAGAAGGACAACACAGUGAGGAUGAGGACCAACCUGUCCAUCCCGCUGCUGCCAGAGAAGGAGGAGGACAAGAAACUGGCAUCACUGCUCACAUACCAGGCACCUGACUCCUACGAGGACAAGCAGCACAGCAAGCGGAAAGAGAUCUCCUCUCGGUCGUGGUUCAACUCGUCCUCGGCUGCACCUGGAAGUGCAGCUGGUAGUCUGCUCCAUAAGCUCGGCCUGCAGGGGAAAGAAGCCUCUGUGGCCAAAGCUCUGAGCUCCUCACCCAGCCCCCUGAUCCUCAAACGUUCUGGGGCACCAGUAGUCAAAUCUGAACCCUGUGCCACCAUCACCAGCAGACUGUCACAACCUCAAAUCAUCACAUGUGAUGGAGAGAUUUCAAAGGAAGGCCCGGGUACAGUAACCACACACCUGGGACGGGAGGUUACGGAGACAAACGGCUGUAGCUCCAGGGAGACGCAUAUCAAACAGGAAGCAGACAAAGGACUGAUAAUCAUGAAGGAUUCUGGGAAGGAGAAGGAGAGGGACACACAUUUAGGAGCAGUCACAUCUCUGGUUGCAGACUACAGCGAUUCAGACUCAGACCCUGGACCAUGAGGCUGAAUGGACAGUUUCUGUGUUUUAGUGAAUGGAUGUUGGAGUUUCAUUUCGUGGGAGUUAAAGACAACCUGGUGUUUGUAUCGACCGUGAAACAUCUGAGAUCAUUUUUGCUGCUUUCCAGUUGUUGAAAUAACAGAUGCGGUAAACCCACUUGGGCUGGGUAUUAAUAGUCUAAUCCCUUUAAAUAUUGACCAAAUAUAAUGUAUCAAAUCUUUGGUCAAUCUUUAUUAGCUGCAUUUAAACCUUUUUGUCCCCAAAUUUAGAAAGUCUUCUUGCAGCCAAUCAGAGCAAGCGUUCUUUGAUUUAAUGCAAUGUGUGACUUGCAUACUAGCCAGCAGCUACAGCUCAUACAGUCUGUGAUGUGAUGUGCAUGUGAUGGUUCAGUGGGGUGAGAUGCCACCAAAAAAUACUGAAGUGUAGGUUAAUUAAUAUAAAGUUUAUACACUCAAAAUGUGUAAAUGUAACAAACAUCUGGAUAAGGGGAGUGGUAGGGGUAUUUUACACAGUUGAAUGUUUCCCCCGUACAUAAUUGGAAUCAAAUGAAGUACUUCUAUUAGUAUCUUUACACUUUAAAAAAGUUCUGGUGUGGUGCUGGGAUCAUUAUAUUUCUAAUAGAACCCAGUUUGUGUGCUCACAGAGGAAAUGUACUUUUUCCAUAAACGAAGUGUGAAAUAAGAAGUGGGUUUCCUGUUGGUGGCCUGCAGAAUACAUCAAAAAAAAUUAAUUUGAUCAUCAGUUCUCUUUAAUAAGGCGCUCCUGCAAACACUUUGAGUUUAAAUGUGUUAUUUUGAUUUAGAUUUUCUUUUUCCUUGUUAAAUUAAAUGUGAAUUCUGAAUUAA